AAAGAUGGCACAAACAUCACCUCAAUACAUUAACACGUGAAUUAAAAAUAAAGGAACUUUGAAAUGAAAGGUGCAAUGGAGCUGCUACAAUAUUAACUACCAUUCUCACUUCUCAUCCUAUUAUAUUAUAUUCACAGUUUCACACCAUCCAUCAACCACAUAAACUUCUAUGUCGCGAAGGCCAAGAUCGCCGGUGAUCACGUCCCGGAGGAGUAAUAAACCGCCGCAUCCGUCACCGUCACCCCGUCGUAGGACGAAGAGUAAGUCAAAGCCUGUCAAUAUCUUGAAGCGUUGCUCAUCAGCGCCUCUGCUUCCACAGGGGGAUGAUAUUGAUUUCGAUGCUGAUGAUAUGGGUAACCUUUCAAUGAGGAGAGGAGAGACGCUUUUCCGUCCUCAAACGUUUUCAGAUGCUUUUCUAUCUUCCCCUUCUCUCUUUGCUUCCUCUCCAAAGAUUUGCACUAACCAGAUAAAGGAGUACGACAAGGAAGCUAAGGUGGUGGUUAAUGUUACAGUUGAAGGAAGUUCAGGACCAGUCCGAAUCUUGGUAAAGUUGGGGUCAACAGUGGAAGACACAAUAAGGCGUGUGGUGGAUAAAUACAGAGAAGAAGGAAGAAGCCCCGAGAUCGAUCCUAACGUGGCAUCUUCAUUCCAAUUGCACUGCUCCUAUUUCAGUGUUCAAAGUUUAGAUAAAUCAGAAUUAAUUGGGGAUGUAAGUAGUAGAAGCUUUUAUCUGCAGAAGAGUAAUGCUGCUGCAUCAACUUCUCAAUCGGAAUUAGUCACACGUAACCCUGCUUCGCCGCCCUUUGCAACUCCUCCAAUGUUACUCCAGUCUUUGAUUGCCCGAAAGAUUAGCAAAAUUAUCAGAAGAGCUCGCAGGCUAUGGAAGAUUUCCGUUUGUGAACAAUGACAAAGGAUCCAAAACCUCCUUCACACGUGAAAGCAGCAACCGUUUUUAUCUGUUGCUUUUCAACUCAUAAUGUUUACUCUUUCAAUUUCAAUUUGCUCUACAAUGUUUAUUCAAUUUUCGUGUGAAUACUAUAUUAUUUUGUUUGGAAAUGAUUACUAUGAUACUCAAGUUUGGUCUAGUAA